AUGUAUUCUUCAUAUUUUCAAUCCAAACGUCUUGUUUCUAUCCAUAUAUUGGCUAUACAGCUCCUCCUUGUACGCAGCGUUUCAUCCCUGAACCUUACCAAUGCGUAUCUGCACCACAAAUGCUUUUUGAAUCAAGGGAACUAUAAGCCUGGAAGCAAGUACGAGAAAGACCUCAACUCCCUCAUCAGUCACCUCUCUACCGGCAAUUUUCCGGACGGUUUCGAACACAUGUCUAAUGAAGAGGCCCCUCCCAAUUCCGUUAACGUCAUAAUCCAAUGCCGAGGUGACUCCUACGGGUCCACCUGUCGUUCCUGCUUUGCCACCGCCGUUGCCGAGCUUCGUAGGAGAUGUCCAAGAAAUAAAGGGGCAACAAUAUGGUACGACCAAUGUUUUCUCGAUAUUGGUACAAUUAAUUCCACCCCAAGGAAAAUCGAUUACCAGAAUACAUUCUCUAUGCACAACCCAAACAACAUGAAAGGGGAUAAAGAGUCGUUCAACAAGAAGACGAGAGAUUUCCUCUCCAGCCUGAUUCUGAAAGCUGAUAAGGCUGAAGCAAAUAGCACCAACUUGUUAUAUUAUGCGGCCGGAGAAAUAAGCCUUGGUGCGAAUAAAUUGUAUGCAAUGGUGCAGUGCGCGAAAGACAUAGCCCGUUGCAAGGAUUGUUUGGAAUGGAGUAUCAGACAGCUUUCCAAGUGUUGCGAUGGUAAACAAGGAGCGAGAGUUUUGGGUACGAGUUGUAAUCUUAGGUAUGAGAUAUAUCCUUUUCUUAGGACUUAA